AUGGAAGUCAAAAGGAAGGUCGUGACACGGAGGACGUGCGGUGAGGAGACUCGGUUCACCUCGUGCACCGUCCUGCAGGCCGAGCGCCGACCAGACCACGACCCCGGGCUGGAGGCCGCCAACGAGUCCACCUCACGAUCCAGAUCCCAGCACAUGGCACGCAGCGACACCGAGCGCUGGCCUGCUCCCAGUCCAGGACCAGCUGCUCCUCAGAAACUGUCUGCUGGUCCACAGAGAUCUACAAGGAAACACCGAGUUGGUCUCGAUAUAUAUCGCUGGAUCUGCUCUUUCAGCGAAGCCCCGUUACAGGACAGGGACCGGUGCAGCCUGAUGAGACCUCCAGGCUCCUGGUUAGCAGGAGGAGGAGCUGAGGAGCGUCAGGGGAGUGAGGAGGGUCAGGAGGGUGAGGAGGGUCAGGAGCUGAGGAGUGUCAGGGGAGUGAGGAGCGUCAGGAGGGUCAGGGGAGCAGGUGUUGCUGCUGAUCUUGAUCCUUUGAUCCGUCGGUGGCCUGCAGGCUGUCAGCUGCUCACACCAAGAGGAUUACAGGCUCCUGCGGCCACACAGGGAAGAGGACGAGUGUCCGGGCUGAGGAAGAGGAGGACGAUGGCCGGGAGAGGGUGGGCCGGGGUGUGCGGGCUGCUGGUGUCGGUCUGGGUCCUGGCCCGGCCCGGCCCGGCUCAGGACCGACACCCGCUGCCGGUGCUGUGGCUCCGCCCCGUGGCCGUCCCAGGACGGGCGUCGGCUGAGCUCCCGGCCGGCGUCGUCCCGGCCGUCAGGCGGGCUCUGCAGGACCUGGAGAGGCAGCCGCCGCCUCUGGGGAACUACCAGAUCCACUUCCAGCUGCUGGACUCCCAGUGUGAUGCUGCUGAAACACUCAAAGCCCUGUUCGACGCCAUGUGGGAGGGGCCAAAGUACCUGCUGCUGUUUGGGGGGGCGUGUCCCGCCGUGACGGAGCUCAUCGCUCGCUCCCUCCCGGCUCUGAACCUGGUGCAGGUGUCUUUCGACGCCUCGCCGCCGGGCCUCAUGGCCGACCGCCGACGCUACCCCAACUUCUUCAGCGUGGUGCCGUCGGACGGGCCGGUGAACCGGGCCGUGGUGGCGCUGCUGCAGAGGUUCGGCUGGAGCCGAGUCGGCGUCCUGACCCAGGAGGGGCCCCGGCUCUCUGAGAUGAAGAGGGAUCUGAUUGGACGGCUGAGGAGGGCCGGGGUCGAGGUGGCGGCGGCAGAGAGUCUGUCCGACGAGCCCUGCAGCUCCAUGAGGACGCUCAAGGAGCGAGACGUGAGGAUCAUCAUCGGACAGUUUGAAGCAGCUUCAGCCGCCGAGGUGUUCUGCUGUGCGUACAGACUCAACCUGUUUGGAGGACAGUUCCAGUGGGUGCUGGUGGGCGGGGCGCUGGUGGGCGGGGCGCCGGUGGGCGGGGCACCAGCGGCGGGCUGCUCUGCAGACAGCCUGCUGAGCGCUGCAGACGGAGCCUUCAGCCUGCAGGCCAGCUGCAACACAACAACAACAACAACAACAACAACAACAACAACAGGACGGGGCGUGUCAGGACGGACUGCUGUGGAGAGCACGGCGGCGCUCCGGCUGGGGUCAGAGGUCAGCGGCCUGCACGCCUUCGCCUACGACGCCGUGUGGGUGGCCGCCGGCGCUCUGAGCCGCGUGAUGGAGGCGGCGAGGCGGCGAGAGAAAUACAGCAGGAGCCGAAACGCCAGCGCGUCGCACGGCGAGCUGCAGGGGGCGCUGCUGCACGCCGUGACGCACACACACCUCCAAGGAGUCACAGGUCCGCUUGUCUUCAGAAACGGCGAGCGGGUGGCGGCGGUGGAGCUGCUGCAGCUUCAAGGAGGCAGCACAGUGCAGGUGGGUGAGUUCAGCAGCGUCACACAGCAGCUCCGCCUGCAGAGCCGCCUGCUCCGGUUUAAAGGUUCGAGUCCGGCUGCUGACCGGCCGACUGUCCGGCUGCAGCGGAGCCACGUCCCUCUCCUUCUGUACGCCGCCGUGUCGUCAGCCGCUGCCUUCACCAUCAUCAUCGCACUCAUCCUCCUCCUCCUCCACAUCUGCAAACACAGGCCGGUGGGUCCAGGCGCUCCGUCCCAGGACGAGCUGCUCCUGCUGGGCGUCCUGCUCUCCUCCUCCUCGGUGCUCCUGUCCGGCCUGGACGGCGGCUGGCUGUCGGAGCAGGCCUUCGAGCGGCUCUGCUCGGUUCGUCUGUGGCUGCUCUCGGUGGGACACUCUGCGGGGUUCGGGGCGCUGUUCGCCAAAACCUGGAGGCUUUAUCCUUUCUGUGGCACAGAAGAGAAGGCCGGCCGGCUGCUGGCUGCCAUGCUCCUGCUGGAUGUGCUUGUUUUAACCUCCUGGCAGACCUUGGACCCUCUCAGGCGGGUGGUGUUGGAGCACAGCUUGCAGAGCGGCCCUGUGCAGGACAUCAGCGUGCGGCCGUACUCAGAGCACUGCAGCAGCUCCAACAUGCAGCUGUGGCUCAGCGCCGUGUUCGCCUACAAGGCCCCGCUGCUGGUGAGUACACAGCCAGUACACACUGAGUACACACCCAGGACACACCCAGGACACAGCCAGUACACAGCCAGUACACAGCCAGGACACAGCCAGGACACAGCCAGUACACAGCCAGUACACAGCCAGAACACAGCCAGUACACACCCAGAACACAGCCAGUACACACUGAGUACACAGCCAGUACACAGCCAGUACACACUGAGUACACAGCCAGUACACAGCCAGUACACAGCCAGUACACAGCCAGUAUACACUGAGUACACAGCCAGUACACAGCCAGUAGCUACACAGCCAGUACACAGCCAGGACACAGCCAGUACACAGCCAGUACACAGCCAGUACACAGCCAGAACACACCCAGUACACAGCCAAUACACAGCCAGUACACACCCAGUACACAGCCAGUACACAGCCAGGACACCUCCAGUACACAGCCAGUACACAGCCAUUACACACCCAGUACACAGCCAGUACACAGCCAGUACAGACCCAGUACACAGCCAGUACACAGCCAGGACACAGCCAGUACAGACCCAGUACACAGCCAGUACACGCCCAGGUCUGGGAUGCUUCCUGGCGUGGAGCAUCAGGCCGGGACAGGGGGUGCGUGCUGCGCCCCACAGGAAGCAGCUGGUGGUCAGCAUGGGGGCGGUGACGCUGUCCGGCCUCGCCGCGUCAGGAUCCCUGCUCGCGUCCCACAAUCCUCCUGUGCAGUUCUGCCUGACCGGCCUGGCGGUCGCCUGCUGCAACGCCCUGCUGCUGCUCGGCCUGCUGGGACGGCAGUCUGUGACGAGGCGUGCGAGCAGCGGCGAGGGGCGGCAGGCGGCGGCGGCGGCGGCGCAGCCUGAUGAUGAAGAGCAGGACAGCAGCAGCUUCCACCUGCAGCUCAGGAGGCGCAGAGCCCAGCUGGACGCAGAGCUGGACACGCUCACCGUGCAGCUUCACCAGCUGUCAGCCCCGGCCGGACCCGAGCGCCGCGCACAAACCAGCAGCGACGAAGGUGAGGCGGAGCCGCCGCCGGACUCCACCCACCAGGCCCAGAUCUGCAGCGAGGAGCUGAAGGCUGACCUGAGGUCCUCAAGGUCAGGAGACAUCAACUCUCCUGAACAUGUGAGGCGGAGGCUGUCCCUGCAGCUUCCCAUCCUGCACCUGGCCUACGUGCCGGCCGCCGGCGGCCUGGCCAGCAGCAGCUCCAGCCUGUACGGAAGCCUGGAGGCCGCCGUCUGACGGGAAACACAAACUGCAACACGCAGAGCCGCAGCCACCUUCCUGACCAGCUCCUGACCAGG